UGUUGAUCUCGGGCUAAACUGGGACGCGUCUUCCGCAUAUGUGACUACGUCAUUUCAGACAUGCGCAGUGCUCACGGCCAGCUUUGUUUGGCUGCUACCUGCUACUGCUAACUAGCAAGUAUUUCCUGCUAGUGCCUGACACAGCUAUGGACAUCGACGCCUUAUUGGAAGCGUUUCAAGAUUUCGAGAAGAAAGGCAAGAAAGAUACCUGUCCUGUCCUUGAACAGUUCCUGUGUCAUGUGGCCAAGACAGGGCAGCCACUGAUCCCAUGGUCACAGUUCAAAACCUACUUCAUGUUUAAGCUGGAAAAAGUCAUGGAUGAUUUCCACGCUUCAACACCAGAACAGAGAGGACCGCAUAAUCCCAACGUCGACUAUGUUCCUUUCGAAGAGAUGAAGGAGAGGAUCUUGAAAAUAGUUGAUGGCUACAAUGGAAUCCCAUUCACCAUCCAGCGUCUAUGUGAACUCCUUACAGACCCCAAGCGCAACUAUACAGGAACAGACAAGUUUCUCAUGGGUUUGGAGAAGAACGUAAUGGUGGUCAGCUGUGUGUACCCCACAUCAGAGAAAAAUGGGGCAUCCAGUGUAAACAGAAUGAAUGGAGUGAUGUUUCCUGGUAACUCUUCUCUGUAUUCAGACAGUCGAAAUGUAAAUGGCCCAGGCACACCAAAACCACUCUGCAGACCAAAGCUCUCAAGCUGUCAUUUGCUUUCGACCAAUGGGCUCCCUGAAUGUCCUGUCAGUAAAGAGCCAGAGCCAACCACAAAGGAGGUGGAGGAACACCCAAUCAGCAGUGAUUCCUCGCCUUCAGAAGGCGAAACUACCCCAAACAGCGGUAUAAAGAACAAACAUCGCAAGGAUGACGAAGAGGAGGAGGAGGAGGAUUCUGAUGCUGACAAACAUGAGGUCAAGAGGCUCAAGUUUGACGAAAAGGAAGAGGAUGAAACAGGAAGUGAAGAGAAGGAGUCAUCUUGUUGUAAAGGGUCAGAGAGCUCGUCGGAGACACUGGAGUCUUCAAAAGACUCUUGCAGUCAAGAGGAUGACAGUGGAACACCUUGUGACACACCUGCUACUUCAGAGGAUCGUGAACCCAGCAAAACAGAGGAAGAACCUUCCGAAAGGGAAGAAGAGUCAUCUGAGACGGGGGAUAUCAGCAGUACGGAGACUGACAGCAGUGUGGAUCAACCUGAGCAGCCUGCUCCGUCAGAGAAGAGCACAAGCUUUGAGCAGGAUCAUGGAGAGAGCAGCAGCAGCAGCAGUGAUGGAGAGGGCUUGCCCAGUGACAAGCAGACGCCUUCUUCUAGUAAUUCACCUGACUUGUCAACAGAGGGCGACGCUGACAGUUCAAAGAGUGCAGAGACAGCGAUAGAGCCUGAGGAACAUGAAUAACUUAAAUCCCGGCUUGCCAACUGACUAUUUUUUACACUGUAUGAUACCACACCAAGGGUAUAGCUGUAGCACUGAAGACCCUGACUUCAGGACCAGGAGCGAUGUGGACUUGGAGAUUCUUCACAGAGGGAUCUUUUUGUUCUCUUCAGUUUUAACUACUCAUGGCCACACAUCCCCUGGUCUUUAAACUGGAAGGAAAUGAUUUAAAGAAGAUUAUGGAGACUUUGCUUUUUUCACUGUUGACUAAAAGUUUUUCUAAUAUUUUUUCCUGAUUUUUAUAUCUGAGCAUUAUGGUUUAACCUUGAUAACGGAUGUAUUCAAUGAUUUCAUUUGUCGUUUGGCAUGUAUUCCGAAAAUGAUAAACUCCACAUGAGCUGUUUUGGCAUUAGCAUAGUUGUUUUCACCAUCUUUCUGAUUAAUGUGUGUCUGUCCAGUUGAAUGAGGACACAUGCCAUUAAGAAUGUGAAGCAACACUUCACGGAUGUCCACUCGCUCUUUCUAUGAAGCACAUACCAUAUAUUGUAUUCCUUAUUAACAUUAUAUUGCACUUGUUUGCAUUGACCUGAUUAAGGAUGUUACAAAUGUAAAAGUUUUGCUUUUGUCACCAUUUGAAGCCAACACAAACACAAUUUUGCCAGUUUUGUUAGAUCUAACAUUUGUUUGGCUGAAGGGAAGCCAUUUCUGCAUCAAAAAAUCAGUCAAAAGAUCACAAGGUACUUUUACACUUCCUGUAUGUCAUACCUUUUGUUGUGCAAAUGUCUCUUUUUGAUAGCUUGAAUUUUUACAGUAUGUACCUGUAAAUCAGUUUUUGUAGACUUGUAAUACAUGUCCACUGCCUUCGUAGAACUGAGAAUCGCUGGAAGUUGAAUGCUUGAGCUUGUAUCAUAGUAUUCAUGGAAAGCAAUAAAUGCUAAAAAUUUAAA